AUGGAGAAGCUGGCGGCCGGGCUGGCCGGCCUGCGCUGGAGCAUGGGCGCCUUCCCGCUCGACCUCAUCGUCAGCCGCUGCCGCCUGCCCACGCUCGCCUGCCUCGGGCCAGGGGAGUAUGCUGAGGGUGUCAGUGAGAGAGACAUCCUGCUCAUUCACUCCUGCCGCCAGUGGACAACGGUGACCGCCCAUACCCUGGAGGAGGGCCACUACGUCAUCGGACCCAAGAUUGACAUCCCCCUGCAGUACCCAGGGAAGUUCAAGCUCCUGGAGCAGGCCCGGGAUGUGCGGGAGCCAGUGAGGUACUUCAGCAGUGUGGAGGAGGUGGCCAGCGUCUUCCCUGACCGCAUCUUUGUGAUGGAAGCUAUCACCUUCAGUGUCAAGGUGGUGUCGGGCGAGUUCAGCGAGGACAGCGAGGUGUACAACUUCACGCUGCACGCGGGCGACGAGCUCACCCUCAUGGGCCAGGCGGAGAUCCUGUGCGCCAAGACCACCAAGGAGCGCUCGCGCUUCACCACGCUGCUGCGCAAGCUGGGCCGCGCCGGGGCGCUGGCCGGGGUGGGAGGCGGCGGCCCCGGGGGUGCGGGCGCCGCGGGGAGCGGCGGCGGGGGCGGCGCCAGGCCCAUCAAGGGCAAGAUGCCCUGCCUCAUCUGCAUGAACCACCGCACCAACGAGAGCCUGAGCCUGCCCUUCCAGUGCCAGGGCCGCUUCAGCACGCGCAGCCCGCUGGAGCUGCAGAUGCAGGAGGGCGAGCACACGGUGCGCGCCAUCAUUGAGCGCGUACGGCUCCCCGUGAACGUGCUGGUGCCCAGCCGGCCGCCGCGCAACCCCUACGACCUGCACCCGGUGCGGGAGGGCCACUGCUACAAACUGGUCAGCAUCAUCUCCAAGACCGUGGUGCUGGGGCUGGCGCUACGCCGCGAGGGCCCGGCGCCGUUGCACUUCCUGCUGCUCACCGACACGCCGCGCUUCGCGCUGCCUCAGGGCCUGCUGGCCGGGGACCCGCGCGUGGAGCGCCUGGUGCGCGACAGCGCCUCCUACUGCCGCGAGCGCUUCGACCCCGACGAGUACUCCACCGCCGUGCGCGAGGCGCCCGCCGAGCUGGCCGACGACUGCGCCAGCCCGCGCCGCGCGCGCCUCUGCUUGCCCGCGCCCCCGCGCGCCCCCGCGCCUGCGCGCACGCCGGCCCCGCCAGGCGACGGCGAGCAGGAGUACGUGAGCCCCGACUGGGCGGGCACCUCGGAGCCUGGCGCGCCGCCCGCCGAGAUCCCCUACGAGGAGCUGUGGACGCACCAGGCUGUCGAGGGCCUCGCCGAGGGCCGGACCCGGCCGCCACCCGGGCCGGACCUCAUCUCCUUCGGGGCCGCGGGGCCGCCCCGCCUGGAGCCGGAGGCGCCGCCGCCUCCAGUCCCUCCCAAGUCUGAGGCGGUGAAGGAGGAAUGCCGCCUGCUCAACGCCCCACCUGUGCCUCCCCGGGGUGGCAGCGGCAGCGGCCGGCCCUCGGGCAGCCCCCCGGUGCCCCCACGCUUCCCCAAGCUGCAGCCCAUCCACUCCCCCAGCUCCAGCCUCUCCUACUACUCCUCUGGCCUCCAGGAUGGGGUGGCCCCCCGCAGUGGCAGCGGCUCACCGUCACCAGAUGCCUACUCUCUUUACUGCUACCCGUGCACCUGGGGAGACUGCAAGGCCGCCGAGUCCUCGGGCCGCCCGCCCCCGGGCCCCCUACCCUCUACCACGCAGCCCAGCCAGGCCGCCCGGGCCCUUGCUGAGCCCCUGAGCAGUCGGGCUGCCUCCCUCUUGGGGACCGACACCCCGGUCAAGGCGUACCACGGCUGCCCACCUCUGUUCAAGGCCUCUCACCCACAGAAACGCUUUGCUCCGUUCGGGGCUCUCAACCCCUUUUCAGGACCUGCCUACCCCUCAGGCCCUUCCGUGGCCGCCUCUUCUGGGCCCACAGCCACCUCGAGCCCCCUGGCUACCUCCAGCCCUGCUUUUCCCCCAGGCCCAGGCUCACCGGGCCAGGCCUGCGCAGCUGCUCCCACCUCCUGUGCCACCUCCUCCUCCUCCUCUUCUGAGUGGCAGGAACCAGCCCUGGAGCCCUUCGAUCCCUUUGAGCUGGGCCAGGCCAGCUCCCCAGAGCCUGAGCUGCUGCGCUGUCAGGAGCCCAGAGCUGUGGGGGCACCUGGGCCUGGACCCUGCCUUUCGCCACUUGGACCUUCCAAGGCCUUUGAACCAGAAGGUUUGGUGCUGCGGCAGGUCCCCACUCCAUUGUCACCAGUGGCCCUGCAGGGACCUGAGGCAGGCGGCGCACGGCUCGUUCUUGCCCAAGGGCGCCUGGAAGGGCCUCCUGCCAGUCCCCGGGAGGGGGCCGCAGGCUGGGGGGGCCGCGAUGCCUCCCCUUGGCAGCCCCCUGCUGACCUGUCUGCACUCUCCCUGGAAGAAGUCUCCCGAAGUCUGCGUUUCAUUGGGCUCUCGGAGGACGUGGUGAGCUUCUUUGCCAGAGAGCGCAUUGACGGCAGCAUCUUCGUGCAGCUCAGCGAGGACAUCCUGGCCGAGGACUUCCACCUCACCAAGCUGCAGGUCAAGAAGAUCAUGCAGUUCAUCAAAGGCUGGCGGCCCAAGAUCUGAUGUUCCCCGCUUGUAGCGGCACAACCGGAAAGCUGGCG